ACGCAGACGCGCUGUAUUCAAACUUCUGUCUUCUGUGUGGGUAUAGGGGUGUUGAAUAUACGUAGUGCUAGCCUUAGCCUUAAUGCUAUUCUGUGAUUUCUUUUAAAACACAGUGUGCUGGGAUCACUCCAAACAUGGCAUCUAAACAGGCAAAGGACUCCAUUGUCAGUAAGCUGGGAAUGAAACUGGGUGGCUCGAAGUCCGAGAUGGAACUUGAUAAACUAAGGAAGGAAAAUGCGCACCUGAAAAGAACCAUACAUGAAUUUUCUAACCGAAAUGGAAAGCUAACAGAUUCGGAGAAGAGCAAGCUUUUAGAGAGGAUUCUGUCACUUGAGACACUGCAGCAGCAGAAUAUGUCGCAGCUCCUGACCAAAGAGCAGGAGGUGGCCUCGCUGAGGCAACAGCUGGCCGCCACCGGCCGCGGAGCCGAGGCCUCCGUACGGGCUCAGCUGGACCAGAAAAGCCGGGAAGCGGAGAAGUGGGAGAAACUGUACCAAGGUCUUUCCGAGGAGACGGAAAACCUGAAGAGCAAGUGGAUUGCGGUUUAUGCCAGGUGUCAGCAACUCGAAAGCACGCCGGCAAACGGGAACCCAGGCUUACAGAGCUCCAGUGCUGAAGGGCAGGUAGUUUCCAGCGACGUAGCAGUUGUCCAGGAGCACCUGAAGGACGCCCUGGAGAAGAACCAGCAGUGGCUGGUUUACGACCAGCAGCGAGAGGCCUACGUCAAGGCGGUGCUGGCUCGAGCGUUUGAGCUGGAGCAGCAGUUAAAGCAAGCCAACCAUGCGCUCCAGGAGCAAAACAAAGAGGGCGAUUCAGGAGACAUCAAGCUGGCCCAAAAGCAGGAAUACUAUGACAAUCUUCUGCUGACGGCCAGAAAAGAUCUAGAGGCCCAGAAGGAGCAGGUGGUCCAAGCACAGGGGGAGCUGGCCAACCUGAGGGCAAGGUUGGAGGACAAGGGGAAGGAGACAGCGGAGCAGCUCCGCGCAGAGCGCGCCCGUGGCCAGGAGGGCGCCGAUGAGGCCCGGCGGCUUGCUGAGCAGCGAGCGGACGUGCUGAAGGCUGAGCUGGAGAACGUGCGGGCCAGACUGGAAGAGGAGAAGCAAAGAUCUACGGAGCUGAUCUGUCAGGUGAACAUGCUUCAAAAAUCUCUGCUCAACCAGCACGAGGAGCAGAAAAGGAUCGCAUUGUUGGAGCAGCAGAUCCAGGCUUCUACCAGGGAUUUUGAAAACGAGAAACUGGACCGCCAGACUUUACAGAAACAGCUGCACAAGGUGCUGAAGGAGCUUCGCAAAGCAAGGGACCAGAUAACGAGACUGGAGUCUGCGCAGCAGAGGGGCUCCCACUUUCCUGACCUGGAGUUCGAGAAGCUCUCCGUGGAGGAUCCGGCACAGAACCGUUCAUCCCUCUCCAGGAUCCCAAACCUCCUGGACGAGAGUUUCCUCGAGUGCCCCAAGUGUCAUGCUGCAUAUCCAACCAGCCAACACCGAGAGCUGCUUGCGCACAUUGACUACUGCUUCUCCUAAUCUGAUUGCUAUGAUUAGCUGACACUGUGUUUCAUUAUUUAAUUUUUUUUGUUUUAAAGCAUGUUUUGUAUUGACGUUAUUAUGUGGCUGACUACUGUUUAUUCAAGUGUUUUCCUGGAAGGUCUUCAUCUUGCCCGAUUUAGCACGUCAAGCGUCGCUUUGCACUGCUGUGGGGGCCUUCUGUUUUUCAGGGGGCGCAUGUGCUUAUUCGUGGGAAGGUGUAAGUGUUCAGAUUGUUAGCACUCCUUGCUAUAUUUAUUUAAGCAGAGCUUUCCAAGAAUGACAUUUUAUAUAAAGGUGUAUCUUUUAAUUUAUGGGAAUAAUCCAUAUAUAUAUAAGGCUAAUUUAAGGAUUGCACUCCAGUGAACUGUCCAGCCGACAGUUCAGUCCUGCUUCCUCGUGUCUUAGGAAGUGGCCUAUUUGGUGUUUUGAACGAUUCAAAUGUUCAUAACUUUGGACUUUUUUUUUAAAAGGACCGGUUUUAAUGCUUAUUUUCUAACCGAGGUGUUGUCAUGUUCUGCCAAUGAUGACCUAUGGUCUACCUUUAACUGACUGAAGUUCUGACUCUGCAAACCAAAUCUGCAUUUCAAAUUAGGUUCUUCAAAUAAAUCCUCGUACUAGACUAUUUAAAGCAAAGGAUUUCUGUAUCGGCUGAGGUUACGAAAGUGUUGGCUCAAAGGCGACUUUAAAAUUAAGGUGACCAAGGGGGUUUGAUAAGGUGACUGCUUUGGUAUGUUUUACAGACACGAUAGGCCUUAGAAAUAUCUUUAGGCUAAUUCAAUUAAUGUUUUACUGACAGUAUGCAUGUGUUUUAUAAGACAUUGACACUUAUCUUUUUUUAAAAAAAAAAAAAAAAGUUUCAUGAAGAGAACUGGGAUUGUUAAGAACAAAUGAUCAGUAUUUGUGUCUUGUGUGAAUUUGAAUUUAGCUGUAUUUUUACGAUCUGCACUGUAAAAGCAUAGGAGGGUGGGUUUUGGGGGUGACGGGCUUAAUCAUUAAAAGUGUUUUCUACGUACCUGCUGAA